AUGGCAGCAAGAAAAACCUCUGUUCUUCUUUUCUUCUUCAUGUUCCUUGCUUUAUCUUCAGCCUUCCCAAGAAAUAAAAACAAGUACAAGCCAUGCAAGCACUUGGUGCUAUUCUUCCACGACAUUAUUUACAAUGGUAAAAAUGCUGCCAAUGCUACAGCAGCAAUUGUAGCAGCUCCUCAAGGAGCCAAUCUAACCAUCUUGGCGCCCCAAUUUCAUUUCGGAAACAUAGCGGUUUUCGACGAUCCCAUCACCCUUGACAACAAUCUGCACUCCAAGCCUGUUGGCAGGGCUCAAGGGAUGUACAUAUAUGAUACAAAGAACACAUUCACUUCUUGGCUUGGCUUCUCAUUUGCUCUGAACAGCACAGACUACCAAGGCAGCAUAAAUUUCAUUGGGGUCGAUCCCAUUUUGAUUAAAACUAGGGACAUAUCUGUGGUCGGUGGCACCGGAGACUUUUUCAUGCACCGGGGAAUCGCAACCAUCAACACCGACGCAUUUGAAGGUGAAGUCUACUUCAGGCUCAAGGUGGAUAUCAAGUUUUAUGAGUGUUGGUAA